CGACGGCUUUGAUGCUCCCACGCUCUAACGCUCCGAGGCUACAAAGUGCUUAACGUCCUUUUUGAACGCGUUCUCGACUCGUCUGACUCAUGUCGGCCAGGCGCAUAACUGUGGACACACUCUCACGAGCGUUAUGUCCGUCAAUUGAUGGGCUGCUACUGUCCAAUGCUACUACCGCAUUGCCCCUACGCUCAGCCAGACGUGUCCGUGUCACCCAGGAGCAGCAACACGAGACCGCGCCGGCAAUAGGACUCCUCAACGGCCAAGCGCGCACUGCACAUACCGACGGGUCUCCGGCGGGACAGCGUGCGCGGCGCGAGCGGUAUCCGCAAUGGGCUGCGGCUCCCCAGGCGCGGCCGCCCAAGCGAGUGCCGGCCGAGAAGAAGCCGCAGCCCCCGCCAGCAUUGCCGCCGUUCCCAGGCUGGGCUGCAGUGGAGGUCGCACCGCUGCGUACGACGAAACCCCUGUCCCAAGAUCCCUCCGCUGUAAGCAAGACGGACCCCGGAGCCCAGCAGCAGGACCACCCCGGGGAGACGGCAACCCUAGCCGACCAGCCUCCGGAAGGCCAGCCUCCGGGAAAGACAGGUCUCACAAGCGCGGACGCGCUGUGCCGGUCCAAAUCGGAUCUCCCGCCGGAGACGGCCGGCGCCCCGACGCCCGUCAUCUACGAGGCGCUGCGCAGCCUCCGAGGCUUGGAGGGCCAGGGCAACAAGAUCCGACGUCUGGUCCGGUACCUGGUGGAGGAGCGCGGCGAGCGGCCCAACGUGUUUCUGUACGAGGCGCUGGUCACGGCGAACUGGGACACGGCAACGGGCUCGGCCAACGAGCUGGCCGAGAUCUACAAGGAGAUGAGGACGGCGGGGAUCCAGCCCUCGCCCGGGUGGUAUCACAGUGCACUGAGGCUGCUGGCGAUCCAUCCGGAUUACCUGACCAGGAAUACGUUUCUAGCCAAGAUGAAGGAGCAAGGGAUCGAGCUCGGCGACGAGGGCAAGUUUAGCGUCGCCGUGGGCUUGCUGCGCGACGGCCAGUACGAGAUGGCGCUGGACUAUUGGGACCAGCUCCGCGACGCGGGGACCCGGAUCCCCGAGUGGGUGUCUUCCACCUUCGUCUACGUCCUGGCGAUGCGGGGGUUCGUGGACGAGGCGGUCCAGCUGUUCCGCCAGGUCCUCGAUGCGGCGGGGGGCAGCGCGAGCGCCGUGCCUCUUCCCCUCUGGUCCUACCUCUUGGACGAGUGCAGCAGGAACCUGCACUACGAGGGAACGAGGCUCGUCUGGGACGAGAUGGUGUCACCCGGUAAGAUCAACCCGGCGGACGGAAUCGCCCUCAACGUCCUCAACACGGCGGCGCGCCAGGGCGACACGACGCUGGCAACCGCCGUCAUCGAGCUCCUCUCGGCCCGUGAGGUCAAGCUGGGUUUCCACCACUACGAGCCGCUGCUCGAAAGCUACGUGAAGGCGGGCAGCCUCGAGGGCGCGUUCCGGGUGCUGUGCAUCAUGAACGACGCGGGCGUGCAGCCGGACCAGUCCAGCACGCGCUCCCUGUACGCGGCGCUGAAGGAGGGGCCGCCCGACUUGGUCGACGAGGCCAUCGGCAUCCUCCGCCAGCUGGAGCGCGUGCCGGUGGCGGCCAUCAACGUGCUGCUCGAGGCGCUGGCCACGGGUUCGGGCGGCGACAUGACCCGGACGCUGGACGCGUACCGGCAGGUGUGCGACCUUUGCCAGUCCGGGCCGAACCAGCAGACCUUCGCGCUCCUGCUGGACGAGUGCGCCAGCGCGGAGCCGGCCGUCUUCCUCGUGUCGGAGAUGGACCGGUUCUCGGUGCGGCCCUCGCCCCCCAUCCUCGACAGCCUGAUCCGCUGCUUCGCGCUCGACGGCAACCUCGACGUCGCGCUGCUCUACCUCGACGAGAUGAGCCGCCUCGCCACCGGCGGCUCGCCCACCUGGGUCAGCCGGCGCACCCUGCUGGCCGUCCUGCAGCGCUGUCACAAGGAGAAGGACCCCCGAGCGUCCAAGCUGGUGGCCGAGGCCAGGCGGCGGGGCAUGACGCUCUGACUCAGACCGAAAUCGCCGGUACCUUGGAGUUUAGGAGGGCAGUCAAAAGGCCCGUGGUACCAGGCCACCCGAUAACGAAUCUGUGCAUUCCACCGAUACACAACAAGAUACGUGUACAUGCAAAGGCGAGACAUCGGUCAAAGAGGCUUUUCUUCGAACCGGCA